CAGUCAGUUACAUGUAGUGAGUGCGUCCGUACGUAUCGUACGAUGGGAACAGGCGGAGUGGUCGCCAUUAUACUGCUUAUAUCGACAGUAGCAUGUCAUGCCAAGGUUCACUAUAAGGUAAAAUGCUCAGAGAAUACCAUGUUGGUGGAACUAGUGCGGACAGAGAGCACUAGUAAUAUCUAUCUAGAGCAGCUUAAAAACUUCCCAGACAAGGCCUGUCACCCAGAGUUGGAACAAAACAAGGCAACCUUCCGACUUUCACUCACUGAUGUGUUCCGGUGUGGUGUCACUAGGAUACACAACCAGCUAACUGGACAGUCUGUUUAUUAUCAUCGAGUGGUGGUCGAGGAUUUGAACCUCCCAAAACAAGUGAUUUUAGUCAAGUGUGUCACAACACAACAUAGGGAAAAGCGAAAUGUGUUGCCUGCAGGCUUCAAGGAAACCGAGGCGUUGGUUCUCUAUGAGGUUAAUGGGUCUGCCCCAGUGCCAAUGCUGGGUGUUGGGGUACGCCAAGGAGGACAGCUGGUUACAGGGGAGCUUAAUGUGAACCCAGGUACCGCACUGCAGAUGGAAAUAUUCCUGGAUAAGACAAGUGCACCAGUGUAUGGGCUGCUAGUGAGCUACAUGCAGGUGACUGACACCAAGUCCCAAGAAGAGACCAUCAUCUUUAAUGGGUGCUCAGUAGACCCAUACUUGUUUGAGAAUUUUAACACUGUCGAUGGGGACUUUCUGUCAGCCAAGUUCCGUGCAUUCAAAUUCCCAGAGUCCACCUAUGUACAAUUCAAGGGUACGGUGAAUGUUUGCCUGGAUAAAUGCAGAGGGGUGGAGUGCAGCAAUGGUCAGACAGGAUAUGGGCGCAGACGCAGGGAAGUGUCAUCCAUUCCUGCUGACCCAAAUAAAGUAUUUGAAGUCACCAUGUCUACGUAUAUCAGGGUUGACUACAAAGAUGAUGACCUUCUUGAAAAAGGCAAACUUGGUGGGUCUGUGAUCCAGUCACGGUCUGAGCAAGUUGACAUCAAUGGUACCAGCUUGCAAGAGCAACCUGACACCAGGGAACAACACCUGCAGGUCAAGACUGAGGAGGUUCGUGAGGAACUGCGUUACACUGUCAUUGAACAUGAAGGAAACACAGCGACCACGUACACUGCAUGGAUGCUUGCCAUAGGGACAGUGAUGUGUCUGCUGCUAAUGCAGUAAGCUACACUACCACUGCUGAGCACUGAUUUGUUGUGCAUUGGUUAUUGCACCUACAAACCUGAGGUUUAAGUCUGUGUAUUGUCCAUUUGCAAGUACAUGUUAUAGAGAGGAACAAUUGUCUUCAGGAUUUCCACAGUUGGAUGCCAUAUUACAAAGCAAGAGACCCUGCUAAACAUGAAUUCUUGGGAACAUUGAGUUUCUCAUCAUGGUCACUGCCAAGAUUCUUGUCUUCUGGGAUGCGAUGCUGUGAUCAGACUGAGGAUGGUGACAGCAGUUUCCUCUGAUAUUUUGGUAUGUUUCUACCAAACUACACAGUGUCACAUCCCAGGAGACCUUCAUCUUCAGAAUAAGUUUUCUUUUUUCUUUUUUUACAAAGAUUGCAGGAAAAAUUUAAAAUAUUUGAAAUACUUCUGACUUAGAAUUGGCAUGAAAGUCAAUUUAAAAAGCUUGACACAUGGACCAUAGACUGAAGCAAUAUGUGAAUACAUUUACACUGCCUUAGAAAUUCCCAUUGUGCGUAAGUGCGACUACAUUACCAGCAGAACAUUUUAAAAUGUACCCAGUCUGUUACUGUGCAUGGUAGUACAUGUGAUGCUGCAGUUUUUUUCCAGAAUAUAUUGCCUGAUCUUGUGGGUAAAAUUUUCUUUGUGACAAAGAAAUGGAACAAUGAGGGGAUAGUAUUAGAUAACUGGACACUGCUACAUGCCUCAUAAAUGCACAUUUUAAUGAACCCUAUGGGAGGUAUGCUAAAUUCAAUUUAAAUCUUAUAUAAUACUACAGUACAAUCCUAACCAAAGCAUGGGAAUUUUAAAAAUCUAUAAAUGGAUGAUAUAAUUUCAAUUAUUUCCCUUUUAUAUGCAAAAUAUUUUAACAAUAGUUUAUGUACUACACUAGAAUCCAUAACCAUCUUCUUAUGUGUAGCAGACUAGGUCACAGAAUGUUAUGGGUUCAAUAUAAAAUAUGUUCAAUUGAUGAUCCCAAUAUGAAGACUAGAGACAGAAUAUUUGGUUAUGUUCACCACUGUUAGCAAACAGCAAAACUCUUGGCCAAGACAUAAUUUUUGGAACAUGUAUUGUGCUUUUGGCUUUUAAAACAGUAAUAUUCUCCUACAUAUAUGUUAUGAUGAAUAUUUUUAUGAUUCCAGCAGCAUCUUUCACUCCACCCCCCCCAAAAAAUUAUCAGCUUAUAUUUCUCUUGUGUAUAUCAUGACAAUGGGUUGUAAUGUAGUGUCAGUAUGAUAAUUAGUACAGUUUG